AUGAAGUUUGCGAUAAUAGUGGGACUGGUCUUUCUAAAAAGGAUUGUGGUGAGUUACGGGAAAGAUGCUUUUCUCUUCUUUUGGAGCUGCUACAGGACAAGUACAAAGUAUAUAAUCUUUGCUCUGAGAGGCUGUAUGUUGCUUCAUUGUUUGAAGGAAAGGUGGCUAGUUUCUCAUUUGAUAUCCUUUUGUCAAAGUGCUUACUCCAGGCUGAAGGAGGAUAUUGAGAAUGUUGUGGUUGUGCACUGUAAAGCUGAGAUGGUAAGGACAGGGUUGAUGAUCUCUAACCUUCUAUACUUGAAGUUCUUCCCCACUGCUGAAGAGAAUGGACUACUACAACUAGAAAAGACGUGUGGAUCGGAAGGAGCUUGUUUUGCCAAAUCAAAUUAGAUACGUCAAGUACUUUGAAGCACCUUAACAUACAUCAAUGGUAAAGAUCAGUCUGGGCGCAUGUAUUCUUCUGGCAAGAUGGCCUGUGAUAGUGGGA